GGCAAGAUGGCGGCUGCGGCGGGCACUUUGGGUGCACUGACCCGCCUCUGCCGUGUGCUCCUCUUUCUCUCACAGUUUUAUAUCUUGUCGGGCGGUGGAUCCUUAAAUUUAGAGCAUUCGCAGCCGCUGGCUCAGUCAAUAAGGGACCCGGGCCCAACACGUACUUUCACGGUAGUUCCCAGGGCAGCAGAAAGUACCGACAUCCCACCUUACAUGAUGAAGUGUCCAAGCAACGGCUUGUGCAGCCGACUCCCUGCGGACUGUAUAGAAUGCCAGACAAACUUCUCCUGCGUCUAUGGGAAGCCUGCCACUUUUGACUGCACUGUCAAACCUUCUGUCACCUGUGUUGAUCAGGACUUCAGGUCGCAAAAGAACUUCGUCAUCAACAUGACCUGCAGGUUCUGCUGGCAGCUGCCCGAAACCGAAUACGAGUGCUCCAACUCCACCACCUGCAUGACGGUGUCCUGUCCCCGGCAGCGCUACACCGCCAACUGCACGGUGCGGGACCACGUGCACUGCCUGGGUAACCGAACGUUCCCGAAAAUGCUCUACUGCAAUUGGACCGGAGGCUAUAAGUGGUCUACUGCCCUGGCUCUGAGCAUCACGCUCGGCGGGUUCGGAGCGGACCGCUUCUACCUGGGCCAGUGGAGAGAAGGCCUCGGGAAGCUCUUCAGCUUCGGCGGCCUGGGAAUAUGGACGCUGAUAGAUGUCUUGUUGAUCGGAGUCGGCUACGUGGGCCCGGCAGACGGCUCUCUGUACAUUUAGCUGCAGCCAUGCGCUUCAGCGAGGAGCAGUGUUUAGAGAAAGCCCCUUUGCCUGUAGGAUUUGAUGUGCCGUGAAUGAUAUAUUUGUAUGUUUUUAAUGUACAGCAUCUGUACUUUGCCUGCCUUGAUGAAGGUAAAAUAAAAAAACAAAAAACACUGAAUGAUGCUAAUCUGGAAUUUGGUUUUAUUUGCCUUAAAUGUAUUUUUUUUUUCUGUGAAAAAAUUUAAACUUAAUUAAACUAGAGGCGCAAACUCUGCAGUGACUGAAAAUACAUUUCAUUCCUGUGACUUUAGUUUUACGUUGCUUAAGUCAGAGGGUCUCACUCGGGUCUUGGCCUGAACAUGACCUGGCUUGAAAGCUUCUCAGCUACGACUGCAGAAGGCGGGAAGUGUUUUUAGUCUUCGGCUAAGUAAGGUUUCCUGCCUACACUCAGUGCUCUGUGAGUUGUGCAGUGUCAUGUAUGUCGUCUGCUCUUUAUAUGUGACUGUUGAAAGUAAACUUGUAGAACUUCCAUGUCUAGUUGCUGUGGUUUGAAUUUUAUUCGCAAUAGCAAAGGUUGUAAGAAUACUGUAAAUGAAUAAAAUUGGA